CUAUUUAAAGGGUCACCCGGCACCAAGCACAGUCGAAUAAGAAUAACACAGGCGGUUCCACAUCCUCCACGGGAGAUGAUUCACCCGCUCGGCGAACGCUAGUCUGGAUAAAUUCGACCCGAAUUCCUGGCGAACAGAACCAUUUUUUUCCCGACCCUACAUCCUCUCCUUUUUCAAUCACUGAGACUACGGACAAACGAACACAAAAUGGGAAAAGAUUACUACAAAACGCUUGGCAUCAGUAAAGGAGCCACGGAAGAGGAUAUCAAGAAAGCAUACAAAAAGCAGGCGUUGAAAUGGCACCCAGACAAGAAUAAAUCUGCGGCAGCAGAGGAGAAAUUCAAGGAGAUUGCGGAGGCUUACGAAGUCCUUAGCGACCCCAAAAAAAGGGACAUCUAUGACCAGCAUGGAGAAGAAGGACUCAAGGGAGGAAGCGGUCCACCCGGUGACAGUCAAGGCAACAACUUUACAUACACCUUCCAUGGAGACCCCCACGCCACCUUUGCCACCUUCUUUGGCGGCUCCAACCCCUUUGAGAUGUUCUUUGGGCGCAAGGCGGGCAACGCGCGUGACGACGAGGACAUGGAGGUGGAUGGAAACGACCCCUUCGGCUCUUUCAGCAGCUUCAACCUCAACGGAUUCCCACGGGACGUGCACUCUGGCCAAGGCGGGCAACAUCAACAGCAGCGGUGCAAGCAGGACCCGGCCAUCGUCCACGAGCUCAGGGUCUCCCUGGAGGAGGUCUUCCAUGGCUGCACCAAGCGGAUGAAGAUCUCUCGCAAGCGUCUGAAUCCGGAUGGUAGGACCAUGCGCACGGAAGACAAGAUUCUCACCAUCGAGAUUAAACGAGGGUGGAAGGAAGGGACCAAGAUUACGUUCCCACGGGAAGGAGACGAGUCGCCCAACACCAUCCCGGCGGACAUUGUAUUUGUCAUUAAGGACAAGCCGCAUCCACACUUCCGACGUGAGGGUUCUAACAUCGUGUAUCCCGUCCGGGUCAGCUUGCGACAGUCGUUGUGUGGAUGCUCAGUGACCGUGUCCACCAUCGAUGGCAACACAUGCAACAUGAAGAUCACCGACGUGGUGAAGCCAGGCAUGAGGAAAACGGUGGCGGGCCAGGGACUGCCUUUACCUAAAAACCCAGAGCAGAGAGGAGACCUGGUGGUGGAGUUUGAUGUGAACUUUCCGGAAACGUUGCCCAGCAAUGCGAAAGAUGUCCUGAAGCGCCACCUACCCACUUAGAAUAACCUAAGGGUCACACAGACCUGGAUGAAUGUGCAAUUUCUAUUUUUGACUUUUUUUGCAGGUUUUUUUCAUAAAUACCACGCAUGCUAACACGUGGAUGGAAGACUGGACCUUUUAUGUACAUGGGCCUGCUUCCCAGCUUUCACACGCUUUCGCCAUAAAUGUCCCGUGCUAUGUGCCAAAUGACAAUCUCCCCGUUUCAUUAUUUUAUGUGUUAAAAGUUUAGUCAUCAUUGUGCUUGUGUUUUAAAAUGUUGUAAAUGUUUUGGGGGCCCUGUGUGUAUUAAACAUAAUAUUUCUUAU